AUGGCCGCCUUUGCUCCUCCAGAUCAGGCUGCUGGCCUUCUACAGAAAUUGUCUUUGGACCCACAGGCGAAAACUCUUGAAAUUCCAGAGCCAACCAAAAAGCCUUCAUUUGAUUCCGGUAACACGACUGCUGGACACAUUCAAUCAAGGGAUGGGUCUUUGACUCCCAUUCUACCGGAUCUCGUUGAUCAGUCUAUGUGCUAUCUUCCUAAUGGCUACCCUUCUACUGCAUACUAUUAUGGAGGCUACGAUGGGACUGGUAGUGAGUGGAAGGACUACACACCAUAUGUGAAUUCAGAGGGAGUGGACGUGACACCAGGAGUUUACGGGGAUAAUGGGUCUCUAGUGUAUCACCAUGGCUAUGGCUAUGCUCCUUACGGGCCAUAUUCUCCUGCUACUACACCUGUUCCAACUGUUGGACAUGAUGGUCAACUAUAUGGAGCUCAACACUACCAGUACCCUACUCCCUAUUUCCAGUCAGCAACAAGUGGUCCGUAUCCUACUCCUGCUGCCUCUGCCAAGGGUGACAUAUCGGCCUCUGCAGGUGCUGACCAAGCUCCUUUAUCAGUGGCUACUGGUGAUGCGAAAUCUAAUGGCAUUGCUAAUAGUGGGAGCAUAAAGAAAAAUAAUGGCUCGAAUGCGGCAAAACAUACAUACCCAAAUUCGUCUUAUGGUUUUAAUGGUACAUAUGGACGGAGUGGCUUUCCUGGAGGAAUUCCUGCUUCUGAUGGGCAGCCCAGGCCUGUAACUGCCUCUUCUAUGACUUCCUCCAUGUCAAAUGGAAAUGGAGUUCCCUCAUCAAGGAAUCAGAAUUUCCGUCCUCAUAUUAUGGGUUUGCACCACCCAAGGCCAAUGUCUGGUAUGAAUACAGCUAACGGAUACAUAAAUAGAAUGUAUCCCAACAAAUUAUAUGGCCAGUAUGGAAACACAUACAGAUCUGGGUUUGGCUAUGGAUCUAAUGUUUAUGAUUCACGAACAAACGGUCGUGGUUAUAUGGCUGUUGACAGCAAGUAUAAACCCAGGGGAAGAGGAAAUGGCUUCUAUGGAUAUGGCAGUGAGAGCAUGGAUGGUUUGAAUGAAUUGAACAGGGGGCCAAGAACAAAAAGCAGCAAGAAUCAGAAGGGUGUUACGGAAGUGGCUCCAGCUGGUAAAGUGCAAAACGCCCUACUGAAUGGAGCUGCUGAUAUCGAGGAGAAGAAGUCGAGUGUGGCUCCUGACCGAGAACAAUUUAACCAAUCAGAGUUCCCUGUGACUUAUACUGAGGCAAAGUUCUUUGUGAUCAAGUCGUACAGCGAGGAUGAUGUGCACAAGAGCAUCAAAUACAAUGUCUGGGCUAGUACACCAAAUGGAAACAAGAAGCUGAAUGCAGCUUACCAGGAUGCUCAGCAGAAGUCUGAAGGCUGCCCUGUUUUCCUUUUCUUCUCAGUAAAUACCAGUGGGCAAUUUGUCGGUGUCGCCGAGAUGGUUGGGCAAGUCGAUUUCGACAAGAAUGUCGAGUACUGGCAGCAGGAUAAGUGGAUUGGUUGUUUCCCUGUUAAAUGGCACAUUGUGAAGGAUGUACCCAACAGCUUGCUGAAGCAUAUCAUCCUAGAAAACAAUGAGAACAAACCUGUUACUAAUAGCAGGGAUACCCAAGAGGUUAAAUUGGAGCAGGGGCUUCAAAUGCUCAAAAUAUUGAAGGAUCAUUCAAGCAAACAAUGUGUCUUGGAUGAUUUUGAGUUCUAUGAGGAUCGCCAGAAGAGAAUUCAGGAGAAGAAAGCUAAGCAACAGCAGUUUCAGAAGCAGACACAGGUGUGGGAAGGUAAGCCUGCUGAAGAGAAGAUGAAGGAAGAGGCAAAUGGAGAUAUCAAAUCCAAGCCUUCAGAAGCUGUUUCUGAUGUGGUCAAGGAGACUAGACCUGAUGAAACUUCCAGGAAUGACAACCUUUCCGAGAAUACUAAUGUCCCCAAAACUAUACAUCCUGAUGUGGUUCUAGAGAAGAGCCUAGCUAAUGGGGUUGCAAAAUCUUGCUAG